AUGCAUCACCCCACUAUGCUCGCCGCCGCUGGCGUUGCCGUCCUGUCGGCUUUGCCCGGUGUUCAGGCCGGCAUGUACCCAAAGAGCUCUCCCGUUUUGCAGCUCGACGCCCGUAGCUACGAGCGUUUGAUUGCCAACUCCAACCAUACCUCGAUUGUCGAGUUCUACGCCCCUUGGUGCGGUCACUGCCAGAACCUCAAGCCCGCCUAUGAAAAGGCUGCCAAGAACCUCAACGGUCUUGCCAAGGUCGCCGCCAUCGACUGUGACGAUGACGCCAACAAGCCCUUUUGCGGCAGCAUGGGCAUCCAGGGCUUCCCGACUCUCAAGAUCGUGAAGCCCGGCAAGAAGCCCGGCAAGCCCAUCGUCGAGCCGUACGAGGGACCCCGCACCGCCACCGGCAUCGUCGAGGCCGUCGUCGGCAAGAUCACCAACCACGUCAAGCGCGUCACCGACAAGGACCUCGACUCCUUCCUCGAGGGCGACAAGCCCAAGGCCAUCCUCUUCACGGACAAGGGCACCACCAGCGCCCUCCUCCGCAGCGUCGCCAUCGACUUCCUCGACGCUGUCACCGUCGGACAGGUCCGCAACAAGGAGUCUGCGGCCGUCGAGAAGUUUGGAAUCAAGUCCUUCCCCACCCUGGUGCUUCUGCCCGGUGGCGACAAGGAGCCUAUUGUCUACGAUGGAGAGAUGAAGAAGGAUGGAAUCGUCAAGUUUAUUUCUCAGGUCGCCGAACCCAACCCCGACCCCGCGCCCGCCAAGGGUAAGAAGACCGAGAAGAAGUCGGAAAAGAAGAGCAAGUCCGCGUCUGCCAAGUCUAGUUCCUCCACUAAGCCCGCCGCCGCCUCCGAGGAGGCAUCAGCCGAACCCGAGGCGCCUACCGAGACCCCGUCUACCAAGGCGGCCCCUCCUCCUCCCGCUCCCGCCGUCCCUGUCCUCGCCACCCCCGAGACUCUCCAGCAAGAGUGCCUCACUUCCAAGUCCCACACCUGCGUCUUGGCAUUUGUCCCGACCAAGGAGAGCGAGAACGCCCAGAAGGCCCUGGGCAGCCUCGCCGAGAUCGCCCACAAGUACGCCAUUGCUCAGCGCAAGCUGUUCCCCAUCUUCGCCGUUCCCGAGGAGAACACCGCUGGUGCUUCCGUCGUCAAGGGUCUCUCCUUGAAGGACGAGGUUGAGAUCGUCGCCGUGAACCCUCGCCGUGGCUGGUGGAGACACUACGAGGGCAACUUUGACGCCAAGAGUGUCGAGAACUGGAUUGACGCUAUUCGACUGGGUGAGGGCUCCAAGCAAAAGUUCCCCGAGAGCCUGGUUGUCGAGGAGGUCGAGGCCGCGCCCAAGGAAGCCACGGAGUCUACCGCAGCCACCGAGCCCACCCCCGAGGCGGAGACGGAGGCCCCCAAGGAGACGGUAUCUGAGCCUCCCAGCAAGCACGAUGAGUUGUAA